CACACACAUUCACUUACGAAUGUAAGAUUAAAGGCACCGAGACAUAAACAAUGCCUGUAAAAGGACUCGCAGCUUCCGAAGCCCGUUGGUUACAAUAGCGGGCAUAUCGGCAUUUUCACAAACCUGACUUUCAAAGGGCAUUUUUUUUGUAUUUUCAUUUUUAAAGGGAUAAAGACGCGAAUCGCGAGUCAGCCGUUUUCUGUGUUGUGCUUUAAGCUUUGGUCAGCUAGCGUGCUAGCUGGCUACAUUUCUAUUUAUUAAUCAUAACGCCAAGCGAGGAUUGCCACCAUUACUGAGCUGUCAUCUUCGACUUCGUGACUCUUAUUAUUAUUAAACAUAUUGCUAUUGUUAAACCUCGAGAAACCUCCGGGUUUAGAUGGCUGUGAAAGGACGUUUCGUAAUGACAUAAAACAGAGGAAGGAAGGAUUUUAAAACCCUUGUUUUGUGUAACGCACUGCUGUUUUGUGAUGAUAGACUGACAGGCUACUUUUUUUCAUUUGUUGAGGAACUGUGAACAUAUUGAACAUUCAAGAACGUUUGGCGGCUAGGACAUUUUUGUCGCUCGCUUAACAAAACGGAAGAGACAACCUUCUAUUUUUGUAUGCAGCCUGGUGUUAUUUGCAAAGUGAAACGGGGAUUAAAACAUUCCUGUUCUCUGUUGCCUCUAGUGUACUACAGUUAGGGAACGGUGGUGGUAAGAAAGAUAUACUAUUUAUAGCACUUGCAUUUCUCGAAAACUAUCACAACUGGUGCAUAAGAUUGUGGGCUCUGGCGGUUCGAAUUUUUAAUCUCCUGCUUUCGAGAUCAUGUAGGACUACGUCUUCAACGUUUUUGCACAGCAUGGUCGGUUUAUUGUUGGAUAUAAUGAUGAUAGACAUUGUUUUGGCGAUGUGCUUUUUGUGUAUGAAGUUCUGAAAACCCCGGGACUGCACUUGAAUUGUUGAUCAGUUUUUUUUUUUAAUGUUUUUUUUUCGCAAGGAAACAAGAAAAGACAUUGUGUGGAUUAUGCUGUUAUUUAAUCAAUAAAAUAACAACACGAAGACUGCCAUGGAUAUAUUGUGGUAUUUUCCCCUACUUGGAUUAAAACAAUGAUAUGAUGAUAUGCGUGUGUGUUUGGUGAUGAUUCUGUUCGAACUGAUCAGGAAUCUCAGAUUUUUUCAAAUCUCCACACGUUCGGAUUUACAAAAUAAACUCAUUUGUUUCGGGGGCAAGAACGGAAAAUGCUGAAGAUCGCUCUUGUUAGCAAAUAAUACGAUUGCAUCUCAUUUUGGAAUCCGACUCGAUCGUGAAUCAUUAUUUAAUUGUCUAUCCAUUUUUAUUAUUUUCGCCGUUGCUGUGGAGGAAUUUUAUUCCAGAUUUCUGACCUGCUCUGGCUGUCAUUAUCCCCGUUUUGGCGACAGAUACCGUGGCUGACUUGUGAACGAACCAAUUCUUCACCACGACUCGGUCUUUGUACCGACACAGGGAUUUCGACAUGACUAGCACCGACAACCCGGUCGGCGGACGAUUAUGACUACAGCAGCGAAUUGGGUGGCUAACGGGGCGAGUCUUGAAGACUGCCACUCCAACCUCUUCUCCCUGGCGGAGCUGACCGGCAUAAAAUGGCGGCGGUACGGGUUCCGCGGGGGCGGGGGCUGUGGCCCGGUCAUCUCGGCGCCCGCCCAGGACGACCCUGUCCUGCGGAGCUUCACGCGCUGCGUCCAGGCCAGCCUGCUGUGCGUGUGGCGGCGAGACGUGCGCCCCAACGCCAAGGAGCUGUGGAUCUUCUGGUGGGGCGAGGAGCCUAACCUCGCCGACAUCAUCCACCACGAGCUGGAGGUGGAGGAUGAAGGCCUCUGGGAGAGUGGGCUGUCCUACGAGUGCCGAACCCUUCUGUUCAAAGCCAUCCACAACCUGCUGGAGAGAUGUCUGAUGGAUAAGGACUUUGUGCGAAUCGGCAGGUGGUUUGUCAAGCCCUACGAGGAGGAGGAGAAGCCUCUCAAUGCCAGCGAGCACCUCUCCUGUGCGUUCACCUUCUUCCUGCACGGGGAGAGCAAUGUGUGUGUGAGUGUGGAGAUUGCCCGGCACCAGCCUGUGUACCGUGUGAGCGAGGAUCUCAUCCUACACACCCAGAUUUCCUCCAGCCCUGUGCAAGUGAUCCUCAGCCCAUAUGGGCUCUGUGGCUCUCUGACGGGGCAGGCCUAUAAGAUGAGUGAGCCGGCGGUGAGGAAGCUGAUGGAGGAGUGGAGCCACUUCUACCCCGUGGUCCUCAGGCAUGGGAAGGGCGAGCGGGAGAGCUCCGACCCCUCCUACGACCCCCACAGCCACGUCGCCGUCGAGGUCAUCGUAGGGGGCGUUAGGUUGGUUUACCCAGCAGCCUUUGUGCUCAUCGCCCAGGGCGACCUGCCAAUAGAGCAGAUCCCGCCCACCCUGAGCAUGCAGGGGCCAAUCAGGGACCCCUCCAACUGCAGUGCACCGCUAACCCCUCCCACCUCCCCGGAGCAUCCCUGCUCAGGUGACAGUGGCUUCCACACCUCAGUCUCCAGUGUUGUGGGACAGGAUGGAGGCUCAGUUAGCCUCAGCCCAAAGCAUUCUGGGAGGAAGCUGACCAAUCAGGCAGUGCGCCAGGCCUGGAAGGAGUGCUAUCUGAACCAAUCGCAGCACCGGUGCAGUUUGCCCAGCUCUAGGACACCUGGGGAUGAGAUGCCAAACGAGGUGCCAGUGUGGGAUUUUAUCAACCCCGGCGAGAGAACAUUUUGCCAGUGCUCCAGGUCAAAGCAGCAGAAGCAGAGGCCGGGACACACAGCUGCCUCCAACGCCGAGCCUGGUGCCAACCCUGCCCCCGCCGCCCCCUCCUUGCCCCCCCCUGCCCUCCCCAAGCACAAACUGUCCGACAAGCCCGAGAAACCCGACAAGCAGCCCAGACGGGCGGCCGUGAUGGCCUUCCACCACCGGCCCCCCCUGGACCAGGAGGCGUGCCUGGAGCAGGACCCCACCGGAGGCCUGGUGGUCCCUGAGUCUCCCCUGGACCCCCUGCCCGCCCACAAGUACCCCAAGCCCCUUCCCGUUGGGGGGAAGGCCCCCGAAUCCCUGCUGCACUCCCCGGCAUCGCCCCUGCCCCCCACCCUCAGCCCCCAGCCGCGGCUGCAGGAGUCUGAGGUGCUGGACCCCCCCGCCUGCCUGCCCCCCUGCGCCACGGAGGGGCUGAUGGGACAUGUAGUCUCCGAGCCCAGCGAAACGGCGCUGUACGCGGCCUCCCUGCUGCAGGAGACUCGGGCCGGCUGGUGGACGGGUUACAGGGUGCCCGGUGUGGAGGGGGCGGAGUUUGAGGCCCCCGAAUUGCCUGGAGACCGAGCUGAGAGCGAGAGCGAGGGCCUGGCCCUGAAGAGACUCUUCACUCAGACCCACCAGCGGUUUAAGAUUUCGGAGGACAGGAUAAGGGAGCAGGUCAGCACCCUGGGCCUGCUGCGGCAGCCCGUGGGAGAGGGGCUGGCUGACCCCGGGGACGACCCCUACACCUUUAAGGACGAGGACGUGGAGUACAGCUUCCCCACCUCCAAACGGCUGAAGGGCCCCGACCGGGACGGAGGGCGGAGGAGCAAGGGCGAGGACAUCAGCAACGGAGCAGUGCCUGAUGGGAAGGAUGCCAUGUCCAUCUUCAGCUCGGCGCCCAAAUCUGAUGACUCCUCGCAAGACGACGCAGCUGCCAAGGCCAACCCGCCCCUCACCCGGGAGAAGGACCUGGUGGUGCUCAUCUCCGACCUGGAGAACAUCUUCGACAACUCAGACGAGGACGAGCUGGGGGCCGCUUACGCCAGCCUGCAGUCGGCCAAGGCCCCCGCUGCCGGAGCUGAAGAUCGCCCCCUGGCGAAGGACGGCAGAGUCGCAGUGCCGUACCCUUCCACAGUCGCAGAUCUCCAGCGUAUGUUCCCCACACCGCCCUCCCUGGAGCAGCACCCCGCCUUCUCCCCCAUCAUGAGCUACCGGGACACCCCCAGUCAGGAGCCCCCCGCCCCCCCCUCCGGCUCGGACCCCCCCGCGGCCCCCGCGUCUUCCGCCCCGCUCUGCGAGUUCCGGGUGGAGGUGGAGGAGUGCAUGGCCAGCCCCAAAGCGGAGGACAUCAAGGAUUUCUCCUACGUGUACCGCGUCCCGUCCCUGCAGCCCCACAUGCGCUCCUCCAUGUUCGCCCCGCUCCGCACCCUCCCCAGCAGCUGCCUGCCGCCCCUCAGGAUCCCCGAGAACUGCUACUACCGGCCGUCCUGGGCCCAGCUGCCCAAGAUGGAGCAGCUCGCCCUCCCGCCGCAGGUCCCCUUCCUCCCGGACGGCAACGUCCCCAGUGUGAACAGCCUAUUGGACCAGGACUACGCCCAGCUGAGCUCCGGCCACGCCUCCGUGGGCAACAUGGGCGGAGUCCUGCCCUCGCCCGCCACGCCCCGCUUCUCCGUCCCCACCCCCCGGACCCCGCGCACCCCCAGGGGCCUGGGCGGGGCCAGCGGGCAGGGCUCCGUCAAACAGGAGGGGACCGAGCUGUCCUCCCCGGCCUCCACGCCCUCCACCACCCGGCCCCUGAGCUCCGCCGAGCCGCUGCCCGUCCCAGCCCUGCCCGAGGCCCACAGCCUGUACGCCACGCUGCUGCUGUCCGACUCGGUCCUCGACGUGUUCCGCGACCGCAACUUCGACAGCUGCUGCGUGUGCGCGUGCAACAUGAACGUGAAGGGCGCCGACGUGGGCCUGUACAUCCCCGACUCCACCCUCGAGGACCAGUACCGCUGCACCUGCGGCUUCAGCGCCAUCGUCAACCGCCGCCUGGCCCAGGGGGCCGGCCUCUUCCUGGAGGACGAGCUGGACAUCUUCGGGCGGGGCUCGGAGGUGGGCGGGGCGGCCGAGCGGCGGCUGGCGCUGUGCCGGAGGGCCGGAGACCCGGCCCCCGCCUGCGUGCUGGCCCUGCUGCAGGACCAGUGCGCCUGCCCCACCGCCUCCCUGGCCUCGCUGCACCUCCACCCCACCUGCUCCCGCCACGGCCCCCAGGGGGCGCUGCUGCAGGGGCUGGCCGCCGACAAGCUGUGGGCGGACGGGAGCGACGCCUGUGCGGAGUGCUACAGCGCCCUGGUGCAGGGCCAGCAGUACGUGGACAACGCGGGAGGCAGCAGGGUGGACCUGGCCCUGGUCAGGAGCAGCGCCCUGCAUGCCUGGCCGCACACUAACGUGCUGGACAUCAGCCGGCUCUCCUCUCAGGACGUCGUGCGCAUGCUGCUCUCCCUGCAGCCGGUGCUGCAGGACGCCAUACAGAAGAAGCGCACGGGCCGGACCUGGGAGAACAUCCAGCACGUCCAGGGCCCCCUCACCUGGCAGCAGUUCCACAAGAUGGCCGGCCGCGGCUCCUACGGUUCGGAGGAGUCUCCUGAGCCUCUCCCCGUCCCCAGCCUGUUGCUGGGCUACGACCGGGACUUCCUGGCACUGUCGCCGUUGGCGCUGCCGUUUUGGGAGAAGCUGCUGCUGGAGCCGUACGGAGGGCAGCGGGACAUGGCCUUCCUGGUGCUGUGCCCCGAAAACGCCAUGCUCCUGUCCGGGGCCCGCACCUUCUUCAGGGAGCUCAGCGCCGUCUACGAGACUUGCCGGCUGGGGAAGCACCGGCCCCUGGCCAAGGUGUCCCGGGACGGCCUGUUUCACGUGGGUAACGUGGAGCCGCAGGACCUGGUGGAGGAUCUGGUGGACCAGUGGUUUACCGAACCUUGGGCCGGGAGCAACCAGGAGGACAACCUGGCCAAACUGAAGCUCUACGCCCACACCUGCCGGCAGCUACUGGCUCCACAGCUGGCGUCUCUCUCCCUGGACAGCAGCCUGCUCCUACCCCCCAAACCCCAGCCCGCCCUGCCCCCCACACCCACCCCCACUGCCCCACCACAGCCCCCCUCCUCCGCUGCUGGGGUCCCCGAUGGAGCCACACCCUCCGCCGGCUCGGUCAACACCCCCACACCCGGAGGAGCCACACCAGGGGGAGCGGAGACGGCUCAGGGGCCCGCCGCAGAGGCCAAAACCCCCGCUAAUGCCACACCACCCCCUGCCCCACCAGCCGAGGCCGCUGAGAGCUCAGCGGAGCGGGAGCGAAUCGGAAUCCCCACGGUGGCGGAGUCGGCGGACAGCCACGCCCACCCCCCCUCCAUCAUGCUGUACGUGGUGGACCCCUUCAUCUGCGCCCGCGGCGACCAGGAGGAGGAGGAGGCGGAGCCUGCCAGCGUCUGGCUCCUGGGUCUUCUUCGCUGUUUCACAGAACUGCUCCGCGCCCUUCCCGAAAACCUCCAGCCAGCCCUCGCCCUCCAGGUGGUCCCCUGUCAGUACCUGCUCCAGCCGGCCAGUGGGGAGAGCCCUCUGUACCUGCAGCACCUGCGGUCGCUGGCUUUCUCCGCCUACUCCCAGAGCCGCCGCCCACUGCCCCUGCGCACACACAUCAAGUCCCUGACCGGCUUCGGCCCUGCCUCCUCCACCGAGGCCCACUUCAGAAACCCAGAGCGGCCGGCCCCUCUCCAGCUCUACUCCCCCCCCUUCAUCCUGGGCCCCACCCGCAGUAAGCAGCUGGACGUGGGCGAGGCGUGUGGGGAGGGCGUGCCCCGCUACGGGGUGCUGUUCCUGGGGUACUGCCUGUCCCACGACCAGCGCUGGAUCCUGGUGUCCUGCACCGACCAGCAGGGGGAGCUGCUGGAGACCUGCGUCAUCAACGUGGACGUGCCCAACAGGGCUCGGAGGCCCAAUGUCUCUCCGCGGAAGAUGGGUCUGCAGAAGGUGUGGGAGUGGUGUGUGGGAAUCAUCCAGAUGACGUCACUGCCUUGGAGGAUUGUGAUUGGCCGGCUGGGGCGCCUGGGACACGGAGAGCUGAAGGACUGGAGCAUUCUCCUGGGGGAGCGCUCUCUGCAGUCCAUCAGCAGGCAGCUGCGGGAGGCGUGUGGGAUGUGUGGAAUCUCGGCCAGUGAUUCUCCCAGCAUCCUCAGCGCCUGCCUGGUUGCCAUGGAGCCCCAGGGCUCCUUCGUGGUCAUGCCAGACGCGGUGACCAUGGGCUCAGUGUUUGGCCGCAGCACGGCUCUAAACCUGCAGACGUCUCAGCUCAACACGCCGCAGGACGCCUCCUGCACCCACAUCCUGGUCUUCCCCAUCUCCGCCACGACCCAGGGCGCCCCCGGAACCUACCCCACCGAGGACAACCCUGAUGACAUGUUUGACUUGCCCUUUCCGGACGAGCUGGAGAACGAUAUUGGGCACGACAUGAUGCUGAUCACGAACCUGCACCCCUCCCCCAACACCUCACCUGUCCCGUCACCUGGGUCCCCCUCUGGCCUGGGCGGGGCGUCCCACUUCCCCCACAACAGGAGUCAGGGUGAGAGGCUGCUCUCCAGGGAAGCCCCAGAGGAGCUGAAGCAGCAGCCACUGGCUCUGGGGUACUACGUCUCCACCGCCCGGGCCGAUGACCUGCCCCACUGGUUCUGGUCCUCCUGCCCGCAGGCUCAAAACCAGUGCCCGCUUUUCCUGAAGGCCUCCCUGCAUCAUCACAUAUCCAUCGCCCAAUUGGACGAGCUCCUCUCCAACAAGACAUCCCAGAGGAGCCCCCACCCCCUGGACUCAAAGACCACGUCUGACGUGCUCAGGUUUGUGCUGGAGCAGUACAACGCCCUCUCCUGGCUGACCUGCAGCCCUGCGUCUCACGACCGGCGCUCCUGUCUCCCCGUGCACCUGGUGGUCCUCACGCAGAUGUACAACGCCAUCCUUAACAUGCUGUAGGCGGGGCCCGGCCCGGCUCCUCCCACGCCACUCCACGGGGGGCGGGGCAUGGGGCGGGCACACCCAGAUCUCCACCAGCCCACCAUUCACAGUGCUCCACAGACUCCGCCUCCUCAGCUGUGGAAAGCGGGGGUUUCCUGUUCCCACCGCAUCACUUCCUUCCCCUCUUUUGGGCUGUGGGGGAGGAGCUAUCCUGUCACCCCAGGGGGGGCUCCUGGGGGGGGGCGGCGUGGGUGUUAGGAGAAGAUGGUUUAAUUCCAUUCUGGUACCAGUUUGCCCUUGCACAAAACAGUGGGUGUCAGUCGUCCUGAGGAAAGCUGAAAGCUGUCUGAUAUCUUUAGAGUCAUUCCACGUGAAAACAUCCCAUUUUAGAAAAACGUCCCACCUCAUAGUCUCAGAUUUUCUUGUAAUUAUCUAUAUUUUGUAAUUGCUUUUUAUGAAUUAUGUAAGAGUAUUUUCUGUGAAUCCUACUUAGGCGGAAGAUUUUCUAGCUAUCCUUCAAGACAGAAAACAUUUUGGCAGCAAAACUUUACACCUAGAGACAGCCCUACUAUAGCUUUAUAAAAUAUAUAAGUAGCUUGCUGCUAUUUUUCCCUUUUGGCCAUCCAGGCAGCUCAAGUUGUGUCCAUUUGUGGCUGGUGCCAACUUCAGCAAAAGUCAGUUUCACAAAUGUACCUUCUACAGGUCUAUAAAUCCUGUCAUUUGUACAUCAUCACAUAUACUAUAGUUCAAAAUACUCUAUGCAGUUCCUAAAAUACUUAGCAUUUCUUUUUUUUAUCGGUUUAGAGCCAACAGAUUUUUUUGCCAUUUAAAAUUCAAGGAAAAAACUUUGCAGUCUUUCAUAACUCAUAUAAAGCAAUGUGUAUGCCCAUUCAGAGCUAAGUCUGGGAACAUAAGGUGGGAGCUAUUGGUUCACUUCGUGUGGAAGGACUCCUCUCUAAGGAAGCGAUUAAAUACACCUGGCUAAUCAAAACCCACUGAGAAGCCAACUGUCCAAUUACUUUUGGUCCCUUAAAAUGGGGGAACUGUGUAUAAAAAAAGUCAUUCUGAUGCAGGUCACCCAGUAUGGAUGUAAAUAUCCUCUAAUUAAAGAUUUGGACUGUUUGCUAGCCUCAAAUUUGUGGUUUAAUUUCAAAUGUGCUGGAGUGCAGAAACAAAAGUGCAAAAAUGGUACCACAGUCCAAAUACUUACAGAGGCAUUAAGUGGCAUUCGUUUUUAGUGGCAUUAGUUUUUAAACAGCUUGAAUUUAAACUAAGCUCAUUUAAUCAGGAAUACUGUAAUGUACAGUGAUGCUGUAAUUUAUUACAGCACAUAAAAGCGCCAAGUAUAUUUGAAUCAAAACCAAGGAGUUGAUGAAACCUUUAUAGUGUAUAUUCAGAAUAGAAUCCGCUAGUAUUGUAAGCAGUCAGCCUGGAAUGUUUAGAAAACUGGACUGUCUUAAAACAAACGCUUUAAAGGGCCGAAGACGUUAGUUGUCAAUGCUACGUGAAAUUGUAUCCAUGUUGGUGGGCUGUCAAAGUGCCUUUUCUUGCGAGCACUCAGACAACUGUCAAAAGUCAGUAAUGCCACUAGGUUAUACAUAAACUGAAAAUGAAACCAUUACAAAAACAGGCUGACCUGAAUGAGCAUUAAACAGCAUUUAAUGAAUAACAGCAAUGAAGAACUGAUUCUGGAAAAACAAAAAAGUUGCAGCUAAUCAGGAGUCGGGAUUGGGGAGGAGGAGCUGAGGUGCAUUGUGGGUCUUUCAGAUAGACGAUGCAGUUCCAUCUGUCCAGCUCAUCCCACCUCCAUUUUGUGAAGGGCAAACCUGCGUAACCAAAGAAAGGUCUCAUUCCAAUCGCUUAUUUUUCUCAUCGUUUUCAUUUUCAAGGAGGUCCGCCAUCUUUAGGGACAUUCCAACCUGUUAAAUGUUUCUUCUAUGAGCUAGAAUUAGAAGCUAGGAACUCCCAGACCCUUCUUUAUUGUGAGGAAACACGACCGCGUCAUUUGAGGAAGUAUUUUCUCGGAUAUACACAGAUAUACUUCUGUGAUGAUGAUCCGCCUCUCCCCAUCUGCCACCCCUGUAACAGAAGGGGCUUUGAGCUAACUGAAGGAGCAAGGACAUACCCCGUCUUCACUUCUUUUUCUAGUCUCUCCCAAAGGGUGGAGCUAGGAGUAGGUUAAAAGGAGAAAAGUAAGCGAUUGUAAUGAGCCCUGUGAUUUUCUCUAAAGUAUCCCCCCAUUGGCUGAGCCGGCUGGUGCAGUGGUCGUGAUGCACCGUAUCGUUCGGUGGAACCAGGAAGCGGGGUUUGUGUCGCGGGUGUGCUGAGAUCCCACCUUGAACUGAAAUAUCAUCCAAUCAGGCAGCUAAAGACUCUGUGUCAUCAUAGCAACGGACACUUAAGCAAAACUACAAUUCACCAGCAUCAAGGACCAAAGCCGGAAUUAGGAUCAGAACCCACCCCCUUCUUCCAGACUCCCCAGAAGGACGCUGUUUCCUUCCACUGAUGACAUUUUUACCACUUGGUUCUCGUCGGACCAGGCUGUUGCGAUUCUGAGAGCAGAGAACUGGGUUUCUCAACGUCAGAAAAAAGGCACUUUUCUCUCGUUUUGAAGUGGACGAUUUAUUAUUGUCGAUACAAAUACAAUGGAGUGAUAUUUCAGAAAUUAAAAGGAAAAACAUGGACUUGUGUAUAUGUAAAACUGACUUUUUUUCAUAGAAUUGUGACUAUUUUUAUGAAUUGAAAUGACAAUGGAAAUUAAAAUUGAUAAUCAAGGCCUUUUCCAAAAAGAGUUAUGAUUGCCUUGGGAUUAGAAAUGGAAAAUAUCAUUUUACAGGAAAAAAUAUCUAAAAUUGCUUGUCAUAUUUAUACAGCCAUAUAUACAAAUGUAUAUAACGUUCUAUAAAAAUAUGUACUUCCUUAAAUCAGAUGCAAAAGCGGAAAAAUUAACAUUAAAAAGGUUUCUCGAAAAAAGGCGAACGCAUUAUGGAAGAACAUGCAUUUUAGUUUGUGCUGUACUUUUGUAUUGAUAUUGUUACAAAAUGUCUCAGCAAUUUUCUAACGGUAUAAGAUGUAGUAGGUCAAUACUGCAAAAAGGAUGUCAAAGAUGUUUCUUCUGCUUCAAGAUGCACUUGAAAUGGCGAUUGAUUUUGAAAGCGGUAUGUAUUUCAGUAUUACAAUUGUAUAUUUAACUAAUAUGCAUUAUUUUAAGUGGUGGUUGGAAAGCUGUGAACCCAACCAUCUGACUUGCUCUGUCUCCUCCCUGGACAUAGCUUUUACGUUUGUACAGUUAUUUGCAUGUUUGUAUAUAUAACACACCUUUUGGCUGCGCUUUUGGGGAUCCAGAAAGCUGUGGGCCUACAUUUCAAGACUGGCUUUUUUUCUUUUUUCUUUUCUAAAAUGUAGCUUUUUUUAUUUUUGCUGCGGGGUUUUGUUUUCUUUGUUAAUUUGAUUGGAAUACGAUGGUUUUUGGGGACUGGGGGUUGGGCAGGAAGUGGAUUGUUGCCAUGGUAUCAACACUAACGAGGAGCUGAAGGAGAAGCUGGAAUUUGAUACACCUGCUGUCAUUUUGAAUAUUGGUCGGAUUUCCUUUGGCGGAAGAGAUCCAUGUCUUUUACACUCUUUUUUUAAAGUAAAUUAUUAAAUUAUGGAAAAACA